AUGCGAUUGGUUUUGCCAACCAGCUCGGGGCUUAAGAACGUCCAGGAAUUCGACAGCCUGGCGGCGGGAGGGUCGGGAGGGCCUACGCCGGAGGCCACCUUGGCGAAGAGGAAGAAGGACAUCAAGUCCAAGAAGAGCAAGGAGGAGAAGCAGAGGGCGAGGGAUAGCGAGCGAGAAGCCAAGGCCGCGAAGAAGGCGGAAGCAAAGGCGGCAGAAAUGGCGGCGAAAGCGGCAGAAAAAGCGACAGCGAAAGCCGCGAAGGCGGAAGAAAAGGCCGCGGCAAAAGCCGCAAAGGCGGCAGAAAAAGCGGCGGCAAGAGCCGCCAGGGCUGCGGAAAAGGCCGCAGCGAGAGCGUCAGCCAAGGAGUCGAAGGGCACAGCCAGAGGAAGAGAGGCAAGGCCAGCGGGGGGAGGUGAUGGGAACAUCUUGGGGUAG